CGGGGCUACUUAAGGCGGAGUCCGGGCAUUCUGGCAGCACAGGAGUUGGGCAGCAGAGACUGGCUGGGCUGGCACUCACCCACGACCCCCCUUCCCUGCCAUGGUGGUCCACCAGUAGCAGAUUCCAGACCACCCCAACUCCCCGGGACCUUUGGGCAGACCCAGCGACAGCCAGGUGCGCAAAGCCACAAGAGCUCUAGCGCAAACUGGGGACAGCUCUGCCUGCUGUGUUCUCUUAUGCUUGUGGAGAUGCCCAACUGACAGGAGAAAAGAAGAAAAGAACGCUCCCUCUUGACCCACGCCUGCUGCAGCCAUGGCACUGCGGGUCAGUCUGUUGCCCCUGUGCUGCUUGGCACUUUUGGCAUUACCUGCCCAGAGCUGUGGGCCGGGCCGGGGACCUGUUGGCAGGCGCCGCUACGUGCGCAAGCAGCUUGUGCCUCUGCUGUACAAGCAAUUUGUGCCCAGCGUGCCAGAGCGGACCCUGGGCGCCAGCGGGCCCGCGGAGGGAAAGGUGGCGAGGGGCUCCGAGCGCUUUCGGGACCUCGUGCCCAACUACAACCCCGACAUCAUCUUCAAGGAUGAGGAAAACAGUGGCGCUGACCGCCUGAUGACGGAGCGUUGUAAGGAGCGGGUAAACGCGCUGGCCAUUGCAGUGAUGAACAUGUGGCCUGGAGUGCGCCUACGAGUGACUGAGGGCUGGGAUGAGGACGGCCACCACGCUCAGGAUUCACUCCACUACGAAGGCCGUGCCUUGGACAUCACCACCUCUGACCGUGACCGCAAUAAGUAUGGUUUGCUGGCGCGCCUGGCAGUGGAAGCCGGCUUCGACUGGGUCUACUACGAGUCCCGCAACCAUGUCCACGUGUCUGUCAAAGCUGAUAACUCACUGGCUGUCCGGGCCGGCGGCUGCUUUCCGGGAAAUGCCACCGUGCGCCUUCGGAGCGGCGAGCGGAAGGGGCUUCGGGAACUGCACGGCGGAGACUGGGUGCUGGCGGCGGAUGCCACAGGCCGGGUGGUGCCCACACCGGUGCUGCUCUUCCUGGACCGGGAUUUGCAGCGCCGGGCCUCGUUUGUGGCUGUGGAGACCGAGAGGCCUCCGCGCAAACUGUUGCUUACGCCCUGGCACCUAGUGUUCGCUGCUCGAGGGCCAGCUCCGGAACCCGGCGACUUUGCACCGGUGUUCGCGCGCCGAUUACGCGCUGGGGAUUCAGUGCUGGCGCCUGGCGGGGACGCGCUUCGGCCGGCGCGCGUGGCCCGCGUAGCGCGAGAGGAAGCCGUGGGCGUGUUCGCCCCACUUACUGCUCACGGGACCCUGCUAGUCAACGACGUCCUGGCCUCUUGUUACGCUGUUUUGGAGAGUCACCAGUGGGCUCACCGCGCCUUUGCUCCCUUGCGCCUGCUGCACGCGCUGGGGGCGCUGCUCCCCGGUGGUGCAGUCCAGCCGACUGGCAUGCACUGGUACUCGCGCCUCCUCUAUCGCUUGGCAGAGGAGCUGCUGGGCUGAAUGCCCCAGACAUAGAAACCUUGAUACGCUUGAUGAAACCCAAUCGUGCUGGCUGAGAUGUGGGGAUGUGGGCACAGGCAAUGCAGAUUGGGAGGGUGGGAGGGUAAGGGAGAAAGGGGGCUCUAUGGAAACUGCCUGCUUUAAGGUCAACUUUCAACAGAAAGGAGGUGAUCUUUGGUCCUCGGUAGGUGGGGUUGAUGGUGGCACCCUUAAUGAGGACUGCUUAGCCUCUUCUUCCCCAGUGCCUUAGCCCCACCCGAUAAUUUUAUUUUAUUUACUAUUUAUAAAUUGUAAUAUAAGGAUCUGCUUGCCCAGCCAGCCAAGAUGAGGCUGCCGUCGGGCUACAACAUAGCUUUAACAUUGUCUGACACAGCUAGCCAAAUCUGACGUCCCUCAUUUUUUCUGCAGGUGGGCUAAUAAAGGGAAGACUUUUAGGAGCUUAUUGGAAAACAUCUCUAUUCAGAGGGUAAUUCGGAGGGGGGGGAGAUCAAUCUUAUUUCUGACUCCCCCUCCUUCCUCACAGCAUCUUUGGGACCCUAUUCCUCUUUUCAGAGCUGUGUCCCAAUGCAUUAGCAGAAAAGACCAGAAAAGUCAUGCAAGUAUUUUAGGCUGCUGGGGAAAACUUCAAUGUGAAAGGAGAAGACCAGCAUUCUUCCCCUGAGGUUGCAUACCAACUUCUGUAGAGAACUUUGUCUGUCCUGGGAGUUGGAAAGCCCCUGCACCUCCCUUUUCUGUUUAGAGGGGCUCCCCUGUCCAUAUGGUACUCUUUAAGUAUCUCAGUCCCCUAUCUUUAGCAGUCCUGGCACCUCCCUCAAGGUCAUGAAUCAGCCUUGUCCCCAUCUUACUGUGGUGGCACUCUUUAAGGGAGCUUUUCUUCCUUCCUUCCUUUCUUUCUUUCUUUUUUUUUUUUCUUUCUUCCUCUUAUUCUUUUUCUUUUUGGGGAUGUCUCUGGGCCAUCUGAUAACCUGUGGGAAUCCCUGGCUAAGAACUUAGAGUCCACACACAAUUAUAGGCAAAAGAAAGAAGCUAGAGGAAGAACUGAAAUCUUUCCUUACUGCAGGGCUGCAGAGAACAAAAUUGGCCUGUGGGUGGACAGCCUCCCCAGGCAAGAGCAUGUGCCUAUUACAACCUUAGCUCAUUUUUCAUCACCAGCCCUGGUUGUUGUUUCUAUUAGCUUCUUCCAUCAUUCUUCUUCUUCUUCCAUUAUUCCUGGGCUCUGACUCUCUGUCCCAGGUAUUUUGGGGAGUUCCAACACAGUAAACACCUGGAAUCAAAGGAGGCAGGCGCCCCUGAGGUAGGAAGGAAAGCUCAGAAGAGGUUGUACUGCUCUGGAAAGGCAGCAUCUGAGAGGUAGUCAGGAGUGGUUGAUACUUAGGGGUGGGGGUGGAGCCUGCCUAUAGCAGCUGUGCUGCUAAAUAGAUUGGUUUUGAGAAUCUGAGCCUCAGAGCCUCUGAGCCCCAAGGGUCCUGCUAUGUACCGCCCUCUGGUGACCAUUAGGAGAAUCUAGGCUUAUGCCUGCAAAUGGUUCUCUUCCACACCCAAGGAAAAGAACUAUAUUAUAUGGAUGUGUAUGCUGGACAAAUGUAUCUCAGGGCUUGUUAAGCUGCAGGGGUGAGCCACAUGUGUCAGGAGCUUUCCAGAAGCCGUCUUAUUUCCAUUUAGAAAAGCCCUUCCAAAGAGUGGCACUUUUGCUUCCCUAGUGCAUAGUUUAAGCUCUGUGGCUCAUGGAAGUUGGAGGGGUAGCAGUCAUAUACCCAGAGUAGUCCAGACUCCCUUAAACAUUGAAGUUGCCCCCUCAUGUCCCUCACUCUUGUAAUCCUUGAGUUUAAUAGUCAAGAAGUAAAAGCAAAUGGAGUUCCAUGUAGUGCUUUAGAAAGGUAACAUUUGGCAGUGAAAUGUUUAGCUUUAGUGUCCUUCCACUCACUAGUUUUCUCAAUCCACACCAGGUACCUGUUGCCACCCACCCUUUUCCUGAUCUCAGAAACAUACUCCAAAGCUGUGGACCUUUUUUACUUUCUUUCUAAACCUGGCCUUGUUCAUUCUAUCAGAUUUGGUGUCAUUCUUUUAUGUCACCCAUGUGAUGAUUAAUCUGAUAAACUAUUUCAUCUUUCUGGGUUGGUGGACUCUUUGUUUUUACUACCCUUCUCAGUUAAUGCAUGUAUCCAAAAGGCUUGCUGAAAAUAACACCAUAAAAUCAUAAUGAUGAUUAUUCCUAUAGUUUUAAUAAGUUAUACAGGGUGUUCUUUAGAGUUAAGAAACACUUCACUUGCUCUCUCUCAAAAAAAAAAAAUCAUGACCUAUUCUUAAGCAAGUUAAGUGUUCCAUCUCCAGGAAGCAGGUGGGCAUACUCAGCCACCCAACAUCUUCCAGUUGCAACACCUCUUUUCAUCAAAAAAGGGUAAGAUCCUGACUGGGGAGUCAGAUAGAACUGAAGAUAAUGCUAUCUCCCUAACAGGAUUGUUGAUAAGGUUGUACUCGAUAUGAAAUAGACACUUAGCAAAUGUUUUCCAUUCUUUACAUCCAUUUCUCACUGCCUUUGCUGCUUUUUGCUGUUUUUCUCCUUACCAAUCCACUAAAAAGCAUUAUCAGUGCAAACUUUUCAGGGUUGAGUUAUACCUACACUUGUUUGAUUUUAUGACACUCCUUUUUUCAGAAGGUGCUGUGUGACAGAUUUGGGUUUGUUUUAGAACUAAGGUAUAAUUAAAAACAACCUUGUUUUGAAAAUUUACUGAGCAUUUUGUGAUAACCCUGGCAAGACCUCUGCCUGCUAGGAAAUCAAAAUUAGAACCACUGUUUAAAGGUUCAGGUAAUCCUUUUAAAUUCAUUCCUUUUUUUCAAGCAGGGUUUUCAGAACAUCAAGAGUGUAGCACUGUGUUAGGCACCCCAAAACAAAAAGAUUAACAAACAACUUCUUUCCUAGAAAAGGAGACAUAAAGACAUAAAAUGUUUAACUACUAAAGCAACAUUGUUACUUAAUUGGGAUUAGCUGGACCAGCAGUAAAUGUAACAGUGGUACAGAGAAGGCCUUGUGAUGAAAGGAAGGCCUGAAUAGAGUAUUGAUGCUUGUGUAGGUGGACAAGGCUGGAAAGAGCAUUCCAGGCACAAGGAACAUCAUGUGCAAGGGCUUGAAAUCUGGGAUUAAGAUAUGUAGCCUGCUGAGAGCAGAAAACUGGGAAGUGUAACAAUAUAUAGCUAAUGUUUACUAAGGAUUUAAUACAUGUCAGGCCUUGUUUUAGCACUUUAUCUGCAUUCUGGUUAAUCCUUGCAACUGUCCUCUGAGAUGAUAUUACAGAUGAGGAACCUGAGGCAGAGUUUUAAUUCACUAUCUUGGGUUGGGUACCACAGCCAGAGUGGUAAAAUGAAGCAGAAGUAUAUGGGAAAUAAAACUGCUCUGAUAGGGGUGCUGGGGAUAUAGUUCAGUUGCCUCUCAUGCACAAGGCCCUGGAUUCAAUCCCCAGCACCACAAACAAAAACAAAAACUGCCCUGAUGGAUGGGUCCAACUAUGUGGGCCUUAAGCUACUGUUUACUCUUGCUCUUUCCCUUCUUUGAGUCAUAAUAUAAAGUCCUUCUAGCUUUCUAACACUUAUUUCUCUCUCAUUUUAUUGGCCUUUCUUCCUCCACACAGGAUGUCUGACCUCCCACUAGGAGCUAUCUGACCAUCCAGUUAAGGAAAUACAUGUAUUGUUUUCUGAUAGGAAUCCAUGGGAGGCUAGCACACCCACACAAAGUAUAAGAAGACCCCAGUUCUUUCUGGAUUAGAGAAAGAGAAGGGAGGUUUUGUAAUGGACUGAAUGUUUGUGCACUCCCCCCUUCCUAUAUUCAAAUUUUGAAGACCUCUAAGGAAUUAACUCAGGUUAACUGAAUUCAUAAAGGUGAGGCUUUAAUCCUAGGAUUAGUGCCCUUUAUGAGAAGAGAUACCAGAACAGUCAGUGUGUCUAUCUGCCUCUCUCUCUCUACACACACACACACACACACACACAUACACACACACACACACACAAAAGGCCAUGUGUGAGGACAUAUGUGAGAAGCCAGCUGUCUGCAAGCCACAGUCAGAAAGCUGCUAUCUAGAGCCCUCAUAGAAACUGAAUCAUGGGCUGGGGAUGUGGCUCAAGUGGUAGUGCGCUCGCCUGACAUGCGUGCGGCCCGGGUUCGAUCCUCAGCACCACAUACCAACUGAAUCAUCUAGAACCUUGACUUUGGACUUCUAGCCCCCAAACUAUGAGAAAAUAAAUACCUGCUAAUACCAAUUGACCUUGGACUUCUAGCCCCCAAACUAUGAGAAAAUAAAUACCUGGUCUGAUAUUU